AGUUUGUCCUACUGAUCGGUGGAAGCCUAACCAGGAAGAGCGCACGCACGCACACACACUGACACACACUCAUCUCGCAGGCAGCGCCACCGACCGUCCUCCCUCCACUCCUCCCCAGCUCUCCCAGUUCACGGAGCUCUGCCAUCGCACCAGUCCGACUCUUCUCCCGCACCUCCUCCUCCUCCCGAGCCGCGGAUUUGUUCGACGGCUCCCCGGCUGGCAGGCGAGGCGAGGCAGGGCAGGAGACGGGGAAGCGUGUCUGCGCGCCCCCAGGAGAAGCAUGUGAUGACUCACGCAAGGCAGAAGGGUUCCCUCAGGCAGAGCCGCAGUAGUGCUGAGUGGUGGGACAACUGUCCUCCAGGGCCACAUGGUGGCACUAUGGACGGCACUGGGCCUGAGCGCUCACUCCGAUUUGGAAGGACAAUGAAGAUAAUUGACGUCACCAAACAAGGGAAAGAAAUGGGCAAGAAGAUGACUCGUAAGAGAGGAAAAAAAGACAAAUCUGAUCAGAACAGGAAACUCGACCGACGGCGUGACAAAAAAUUGGACAGGAAGUUGUAUCCCUUGAGAGGGCGGGCUGGGGGUUCAGGUGAGGAGGGGCUCAGCUGCCACGUUCUCCUCACCCGAUUGGAGGAAAGCAUACGUGAAAAAGAGAGUUCUGAAGAAAGGAAACGAAACAAUGCACGCCGACAUUCAGCCCUCAAAAGUAAAUCGAAAAAAGGGAAACGCAAUGAAAGAAGAGAGUCAAAGAGAUCACCAAAAAACAAAUCAAAGUCAGUUAGCUCAAGUCAUGGGGAGGGUAUUAAUGUCUUACAACCACGCAAGCGCCGGCUGGCCUCUCUCAAUGCUGAGGCAGUGAACAGUCUACUGCUUGAAAGGGCUUCUGACCUUCAGCCAGCAGCCAAACAGGCCAGGAGACAGAUAGAACCCACAAAUGGAGGGGGUUCCUCAGAUGCAGAUCCAACCAGAAGUGUCCCCGGAGGUCUGAAGACCUCACGAGGUAACAUCAGUAAAGUCUCCUCAUCUCACAGACGAGAACUGUGCCAAAGCUCUAAGCCACUCAAGAGGGCCAAAGUCAGUCGUGCUGAUGAGCGCAGGGAGAUGAGUCAGGAGAGUCUCAAUGCUCCCGCCCCCAGACGAUUGGCUGGACUCAAUGCCGCAGCCCUGCUGAAGUUAACCAGCUCCUCUGCUACCAGUAAACAGAGAUUAAAGGCUGCACCCACAGCUACUAUCACGUCAGACUGCAAGGCUCCGGCUGCAGUCUCAAUCCCAAUACAGGACUCCAGAGUCAAACACAAACACAAAGGGCGAUCACAAAAGCAGAAGGGAAAGAAGGCCCCCUCCCCACACAGCGGUUGCACAGCCUGCAAGGAGAAGGCGGACUUUGAGCCGAAAGUUGAGUGGGAAUCAAGCAACUGCACACACAGACUGACCAAACCUGGCUACCAGUCACGCAGCAUGCUAGCAUACCCGCUAAAACAAGUGAAGGAGGAGCCACUGGAAACUGAACUGAGCCCAUACUACUGCUGUCCACCAGAGGGCUCAGUAGAAUACUGCCACCGUUUGGCCUUCUUUCUGGGUCAGCAGCCCUAUCGAGAAUCUGAUGAACAGCCUCUUAACACAGCCAUGACCCCUGUGAAGCGCGAGUGCCUCGUAACCUCACCGUCCCUGACCCAUUCCCAUCCACACACAGCCCUGACCCUCAGCCCCCACCCCUGCCUCUGCACCGCUGACCACUGCUUCUCCAGCUACUACGUCCACAUUGGCCACCCGACACACACUGGAACAACAUCAAAAUCCCUGGCACCACAACCUCUGAACUUUUCCCCAUCCAGUCUGUGCCCUAACCGGAUGACUGGCUCCAAGCUUCUGGGUUCACGGAUGUCCCACGGCUCAGGGCUGGCCCACCCUGCCUACUGUAACUCUGUGGCUUCACCCUGUUAUGGUGAUGCCUGUGGGAUCAAUGGCUACACAUACAGAGCCAUGCCUCCCGUCACCAGCCGGGGUUGCUCUUUCAGCACAGGAUGCACUGGAUGUACACACAGCAUCAAAACAGAGGGUUACGCCUCCCCUCAGGGUGACCACAGCUCCUCCCUUCUGGUAUCACCAUCCCUGCCCAUCUCCAGCUGCCCUCUCUCCAGUGUGCCCACUUCCACCCAGACUAAACCCCACCUGCUGAGCCCCCUGUCUGGGCGGGACCAGCCCCAGGCCAGGUUAAAGCUGGCCAGGGAAUGCUCUCAGAGCACCAAGCCCUCCAACGACUCUCUGUCCAUAGGUCGAACACGGCUGCCUCAGAAACAGUCAUCACCUUUGCCAAGUUGGACCAGCACCAAACAUAAGAAAAUCAGCCGGAGACGUGCCACCAACGGCUGGCGGACUGUUGGAAUGCCCACUGAGCGGGAUGUCUUCAUUGCGGGGGAGGAUGAGACGGCCCUGCGGCAGUGUUAUGAAGGAGUGGAGAGGGACGGUGAAGUGAUACAUGUCAGAGACACUGUGCUGCUACGAUCGGGCCCCAGGAAGAAAUCCCUCCCAUAUGUUGCCAAGAUAUCAGCGCUGUGGGAGGACCCCAAAACAGGAGAGCUGAUGAUGAGUCUUUUCUGGUACUACCGACCUGAGCACACCCAGGGAGGCCGAGAUCCCAGCGCACACUGUGAGAAUGAGAUUUUUGCCUCUCGGCAUCAGGAUGAAAAUAGUGUGGCCUGCAUAGAAGACAGAUGCUAUGUUCUCCCACUAGCCCAGUACUGUAGAUAUUGUGCCUUGGUGAAGCGGCGUGCCGAAGGUGCGCUAUCUGGCAGCACCAGCAUGGUGCCCUGCCGCCCGGACUUUGCCCCCCCCUCCCACCGCUGUGUGCCCACAGACGUUGACCCCGAGCUGGUGUAUCUCUGCCGGCACGUCUACGACUUCCGCUUCGGACGCAUUCUAAAGAACCUGCAGUAGAGGGAAGAGGGUUUGUCGCAUCUAUGAAUUAAUCAUCAAGUCCCGAAGGAGCAAUCACCCUGGUCUUUUCUGCUGGGGACCUCACGGUCAGAGGGAAGGGGGAUGACGGGGUUGGGUUGUUGAUGCAAAUAGUGUUUUUAAGAAGCACAGAUCCCUUUAGUCAACUACAGAGGGGGGUUGCUAUGUGAUAGAUGAAUCUGUCUCUGUCAGGCCACCGAUAUUUCCUGCUUUGGAACAGUGAGGAGGGCACUUUUCGUCCAUCAGCUUGGAUUUUUUGGCUUCCACAGCACUCCGAGGUUACAUAAAAGGUUGUGUCUCCACCUCCCCUUUGCCUGCCAGGAAUGCUGAACACCAGACUGGACUUGGCUACUGUCAGGACCGCAUUUCCCCCAAAGCAUCUUAGCACAACAAUCAUGUUUGUUCCAUUUGUAAACCAAUGGCUCAGGGAUGGUCUGCCUCUAAGGUGCUUCUGGAGAAGACAAGCCUGCACUGUCAGCUCGAUGUUAACGGUGUUCAACCAGCCAGUGUGGAGUAGCAGCUAAUGGAGAGUGUCGUCUUAUUUCCCCUGAUUUGAGUUUGUCUCAGUGUGAGAGAGUGGCAGAGCGAGGGUUGUCAGUAUGGAUAAAUGGAUAAAUGUGGGUGUGUGUGAUGCUUUUUUAGUAGGCUUUCAGGCAAUCAAACCAAACAAGCAGCUUUAGAGGACGUGGGUCUCUCUCUCGUCUACCAUCCUCUCUACUUUGUGAUUCAGCUCACCGACACUGACAUUUUCAUCUUGAGUGACGCUCCUCUCAAAUUAAAAUACCUGAAGAGGGUAUGUGAGAAAUACCUUUUACUUACCAAACUCAACUCUAGAUUAAAGUAUCUAAACCUGGGGUUAUGGCUCUAAACUGAUUCUACUAAUGAAAACACACUCAACUAUUACCACAGGCACAGUUUGGGCUGAUUCACGGGUUUUAAAAUAAUACCAGUGUUUCCCAUGAUUAGCUUAGACUGUGGCGACCCGCCAUAGUCCAAUUUAUCCAGCCACAGUCUCCUAAUGAACCAAAAUCUUUAUACACACUCACAAUAACAUAAAAGAUAUCUACUUUCUACUUGCUGCACCUUUCAUCAUAGAGCCGUGUGCAGCGCUCCUUGACUAGGAGCACACAGUUCUCCACAGUACAGGGAGUUACAGUCUUAUGCUUUAUUGUGCAUGACAGCAAACUGUGUGCUCUUGGGUGUGUUGCAAGUUCGGUUUCUAUGUGAAUUCUCGCAAUAUUACAUAGCUCAUUGGGCCUAUUAGCCAGGUUAUGAAAGUUGACCUGCUGGUAUUCUGAUUAUUAUUUUCGUUUUACUGUUGUACACACUACAUUUCCCCUAGAUUUAUAUUGUGAACCCCAAACCUUGAAGUCCAAACUGUGCCUAUGAAACCACAGUUGAUCCCCAGACUGUUGUUUCUUCACAGCCACAGCCCUUGUCUGAAGAAGCCUUUGUUCCAAAUAGGAUCUUAGAGGAUUCGCAAGGAGAGAGAGAGCCCUUGCUAAAGAUUCAAGACCCUCCUCUGCCCUGUGGAGGCUUAUCAAGAGGAGGGCCAUCGUUCAUUGCUUUUCUUUUAUUGUCAUAUUUUUUCACAUGUGCUGUUCCCUGUGACUUGCCUUAUGACUUGCAGGUAGAACAUUAGGCAGCUAAUCUCACCACAUACGAUAAGGAAGUGGUAGAUUGGAUUUACUCUUGUCCCGAGAAGUAGGAUUUUGCUGCCGAUCAAUUGACAGCCGUGGCAUGAAAAUGCACUAGUUUAGGGCUGCAACUAAGUAUUUUCAUCAUCUGUUCAUGGUUUUGUUGAUAAAUUGCAUCAAACUCGUGAAAAAUGGUCUGCGUCAUAAAAAGUUUGAAAUGACUUCAAUGAAGAUUAGAUCAUCAAGAAACUAGUGGAUAAAUUAGACUUCUAUCGACUGAUCGUUGCAGCUCUACACUGGUUAGAAACCCAGUGCCCUUUUCAUGUUGACGACCUGCUUUGCUCGAGCUGCUCACCUGCGUUCUGAAGUGCCACAACACCUGGGAAAUGUCUAUUCUAUCCCUUCUAAUUCUACACCCAUACUGAUUUUUCUUCCUCCUGCUCCUCCUCCUCCUCCUCCUCUUUCCCCAAAGACAAACCAAAGGAUGUCACACAAGCCAGAGUCCCCGUCUCCUCCCUCGCACUUCUUCCUCUCUUCAGCACCUCUGCCCUCGUUCCCUUAUUAUAUUGCACUAAUCCAUUCCUUUAUUACGACAAACAUUCUUUUUUUCCUUUUUGUUCUAGCUACUAACAUCGUCCUGGGGAAACAUAAUGUUUAUCAUUAUCAAUGUGCGUAUGUGUGUGUGUGUGUGUGUGUGUGUGGGUCUGUGUGUGUGUGUUUUGUAGAGAAGGAAAUGGUUACGAUGUCAUGGCUGCUUUUGUCAGUGCAAACUGUAUAUUUUGAUGAUUUCCCCAGUAGAGGAGUUGGCCAGUGUGUUUGUCAUGUUACCUGAUGCACAACCUGUUGAAUCCCAUGGAAUAUAAACAGUAUACAUUUACAGUAUAUGUAUAUUACUAGUCAUUCCAUUAGAUUUUUAAAAAAUCAGCUCUGACAUACUUAUAUAAAUAUACAAUAUAUAUAUAUGUAUGUAUGUAUUAUGUAUCCUCACUGUUGAUGUGCUGAGGUUUCAGGAAGGGAUCUGGAUGAGGCCUGACUCAGACUGUAGAUAAAGAUGGACGACACGUCUCCUCUUCCUCCCGCCAUCCACAAACGAAGCCAAAAUAUCUUGAAUAUGAGCGCUGCCAUUUUGUGCUGAUGAUGUCAUUAGGGGUAGCAAUCAGGGAAUUGAGCUGUGGUAGCGAGAGCCUGCAGAUACACAUGCUCGACCAAUCGCUAGUCAUACACAUGCUCGACCAAUCGCUAGUCAUACACAUGCUCGACCAAUCGCUAGUCAUACUCAGCUGUCAAUCAUGACGUUUCACCCCCUUUUUAUAGCAUUGAAGAACAAAUUAAAACCAAAUUUAGUGGGGAAAUGAACAAAGAACUACCUAAUUUUACAGAAACAAUCAUGAACUUAAUUUAUUUGACUUUUUAAUUUGAUUCAUUCACUCACAUGGAGAGGGUGGGGUGUUUGACCUAUACUGCAGCCCACCACUAGAGGACAUUCGAGAUACUUUGGCGUAACAUCUGGGGAGCUGUCAUCCAUCUUUAUGCACAGCCUAUGGGUUAAACAUAGCACCAUGUUAGACGUGUGUUUGGAUUGAA